AUGUCUUCAAGUGAGGCAAGACAUAUUGAUGUAAUUGACGAACCAAUAAAUCCAGUUGAUGUCAAUAAGUGUGACAACGAUGGUGUAUCAACUCUGUAUAAAGCAAGUAAGACAGGACAAUUGGAUGUUGUCAAAGAACUGUUACAACAUUCAGCUGAUGUCAAUAAGUGUGACAAUGAUGAUGUAUCACCUCUGUUUGUUGCAAGUCAGAAUGGACAUGUCGAUGUUGUUAAGGAACUGUUACAACAUUCAGCUGAUGUUAAUAAGUGCGCCAAUGAUGGUGCAUCACCUCUGUUUAUAUCAAGUCAAAAGGGACAUGUUGAUGUUGCUAAAGAGCUGUUACAACAUUCAGCUGAUGUCAAUAAGUGUAACAAUACUGGUGUAUCCCCUUUGCUUAUAGCAAGUGAGAAUGGACAUGUUGAUGUUGUUAAAGAACUUUUACAACAUUCAGCUGAUGUCAAUAAGUGUGACAAAGAUGGUACAUCACCUCUGUUUAAAACAAGUGCAAAUGGACAUGUUGGUGUUGUUCAAGAACUUUUACAACAUCCAGCUUAUAUCAAUCAGUGUAGAAAUUAUGAUGUAUCACCUCUGUAUAAAGCAAGUAAGAAUGGACAUUCGGAUGUUGUUAAAGAACUGUUCCAAUAUUUAGCUGAUGUCAAUAAGUGUAACAAUAAAGGUGUAUCACCUCUGUUUAUAGCAAGUGAGAAUGGACAUGUGGAUGUUGUUAAAGAACUUUUACAACAUUCAGCUGAUGUCAAUAUGUUUGGCAAUGAUGGUGCAUCACCUCUGUUUAAAGCAAGUGCGAAUGGACAUGUUGGUGUUGUUAAAGAACUAAUACACCAUUCAGCUGAUGUCAAUGAAUUUAACACAAAUGCCAUGUCACUUCUGUAUAACGCCGCAAGUGAUAACAGACAUGAUAAUAAUGUUGAACAACAUUCAGCUGAUUGUUGUAAGAAUGACAUAAGUGGUUUAUCACCUUUAUAUAUAGCAAGUGAAAAUGGACAUGUCGAUGUUGUAAAUGAACUGUUAAAACAUUCAGCUGAUGUCAAUAAGUGUGUAACUAAUGAUAUUUCACCACUGUCUAUAGCAAGUCAAAAUGGACAUGUUUAUGUUGUCAAAGCACUGUUAAAACACUCAGCUGAUGUCAAUAAGUGUGACAAUUAUGGUGUAUCACCACUGUUGGUAGCAAGUGAAAAUGGACAUGUGGAUGUUGUUAAAGAAUUGUUACAACAUUCAGCUAAUGUCAAUCAGUGUGAUAAUGAUGAUGUAUCACCUCUGUAUAAAGUAAGUGAGACAGGACAUGUUGAUGUUGUUCAAAAACUGUUACAAUAUUUUGCUGAUGUCAAUAAGUGUGUAAAAAAUGAUAUUUCACCUCUGUAUAUAGCAAGUCAAAAUGGAUAUGUAAAUGUUGUCAAAGCACUGUUAAAACAUUCAGCUGAUGUUAAAAAGUGUGCCACUGAUGGUGUAUCACCUCUGUAUAUAGCAAGUCAGAAUGGACAUCUUUAUGUUGUUAAAGAACUGUUAAAACAUACACAUGAUGUAAAUCAGUGUACCAAUAAUGAUGCAUCCCCUCUCUUUGUUGCAAGUCAAAAAGGACAUGUGAAUGUUGUUAGAGAACUGAUACAGUGUUCUGCUGCUGUCAACAAUUGUAACAAGUAUGGUGAAUCAUCUCUGUAUAUAGCAAGUCAGAAUGGACAUGUUAAUGUUGUUAAAGAACUGUUAAAACAUUCAGCUGAUGUCAACCAGUGUACCAAUAAUGAUGUAUAUCCUCUCUUUAUCGCAAGUCAGAACGGACAUGUUUAUGUUGUUAGAGAACUGUUAAAAUAUUCAGCAGAUGUCAAUAAGUGUGCAAAUGAUGGUACAUCACCUCUGUAUAUGUCAAGUCAGAACGGACAUGUUUAUGUUGUUAGAGAACUGUUAAAAUAUUCAGCAGAUGUCAAUAAGUGUGCAAAUGAUGGUACAUCACCUCUGUAUAUGUCAAGUCAGAAAGGACAUGUUUAUGUUGUUAGAGAACUGUUAAACCAUUCAGCUGAUGUCGUUAAGUGUUCCAAGGAUGGUGUAUCACCUCUUUUUAUAGCAAGUCAGAAUGGACAUAAUAAUGUUGUCCAAGAACUGUUACGAUAUUCAGCUGAUGUCAAUAAGUGUGACAAUAACGGUGCAUCACCUCUGUUUAUAGCAAGUGAGAAAGGACAUGUCGAUGUUGUUAAAGAACUGUUAAAGCGAUCAGCAGAUGUCAAUAAGUGUAGCAUUAAUGAUGUAACCCCUCUGUCUAUAGCAAGUCAGAAUGGGCAUGUCGAUGUUGUUAAAGAACUGUUACAAUAUUCAGCCGAUGUCAAUAAGUGUGACAAUAAUGAUUUAUUACCUCUGAUUAAAGCAAGUCAAAAUAUGCAUGUUAAUGUUGUUUAA